AUGCUCGACACCCUGCCGGCUCCACGCACGGAGCUGGCAGAUCGCUUCCUUACAGCUAGGCGUAGUGCCGCUCCCCGACCUUCGACGACCGAUGCUAGCUUCUCGCCCAUCUUCGGCAAGGACCGCAGACAGCGUUCGAGUCUGCUUGCGGCCAUGAGCACGUUUGGCAAACCACAGAUCCGUCUGCUGGGCAUUGUGGGCGUGCUCAUUGUCUUGCUCUGGGCGACGUCCGGACAAGAUGAGCUCUUGAUCACCGGUAUGCUGUCUGAAGAGGCGCGAGAAGCGAGGCGUCAGCCUAAAACGCCAAGCAAGGUCUCUCAGGCAUUCGAUACUUUGAGCAGCUACAACCCCCUUCGUACUGCACCCAGAGAGAUUGCACGCUAUGCGAGCUACGACUUUACGAGCGCCAUCGCAGGCGGAAGAUCGUCCGCGAUCACGCUCGAGCUGUUCCUCGCAGAACGAGUCGGACCACCUAUCCGAACGCGACCGAUAUGGCUCACGCUAGCUGACGGAGACUAUCUCACUCAUUCGGUGCCUCAUCUGGUUGUCUACCUGAACAAGCUAGCUAGUGGAACGCUGCCCAAAGCCAAAGCACGUACGCUGGGCGAGGCAGAUCCCGUCUUCACGGCUCAGCCAGAGGAAGGCAAAGGAUUGCAGUUCAUGCUCGUCCUAUGCUUGAGCGACUUUUGCAUGCAACAUUCUCGCGAAAAGGGCUACAUGGCUUAUCGGUACGAUGACACCAAGAAUCAAGAUGCAGCUUAUCUCAAAUCACUAAUUUUGCAACACUUGGCAGAAGCGGGUUACCCCGUCAUCUUUCUCGAUGGAGAUGCUUUUGCUCGCAACGACGUCUUCCAGUACAUGUAUCCCCUAGACGAUGAUACGAUCGAUCUGCAGAUCCAAGACGAGCAUCGUAUCGGCUUGACCAACAUCGGCUUCUUCCAACAGGCCGGCAAUGAGCGUAUUGCCGAGCUGUGGCGCCAAGUCGUUCACGAGGUUGAUGUCAAUCAUAAAUGGGAUCAAGACGCUUUCAAUGUCUUGCUCAACGCAUCUGCCUCACGACUCGACACGAAGGAUGGCACUCGCAAGUCCCGCUUCACUUCGCCUGGUGGUGUACAAACCUAUGUGCUCGACCAGAAGCGCUUUUGGGCAGGCCAUUACUAUCAUCUACGCGGCGCACUACCGCCAGAGGCAAUCCUUGUCCACAUGACCUGCACAGACAAUAAGUGGCUCAAGUUCAUGAUCCCUGCCGCACACGGCUACUGGCAAGACGCUAAUCACUACUAUUCUCAGCCUCCGAAAAUCCUCACAACGCCCACACUGUUCGGUACCAAGCCCGUCUUGAUCCAACAGUUGAGGUUACUCCUUGCUGCUGCUCAAGCGUCCGGAAGAGCUUUCGUUCCACCCGCAAGAACGAUAGUGAUAUCCGACGAAUAUCCGACAGUGCCAGAUCGCACUUAUAUCAAUCCUAUGGCACCCCCACGAGAUAGCAAAGCUGGCAAACUCGAACACGCAAUGCACAUGCGGAACUUCUGGUCAGUUGUGGACAUUCACAAGGUUGCCGAAGAUACCAACGUCACCCUACUCGAGCCAAACUACAUCAUGCAUGCUCUUGCGAACGUUCAGCCUGACUCGCCGCAUUUCUCAGCGCUCACCCAUCCUGCUGACUUCGAUCUAUCGUUCUCCAAGACGUACGCAGAGAUGAUCAAGAGGCUGUCAGAAGCACCGCAUGUUGAUGAGCCUGUGCUGAACAUCAUCGAUAGCAUGCGAGUGUCUGAGCUAUGGCAGCUUCCCGCAAGCAUACCGCCUCUGAAGCUCUGCGGCAAGAUAGAGAUCGAACCAUACUGCACAACAUUAUGCAGACCAGCAGAUAAUUGA